AUGUGCUCGUCUGCUGACUCGGUUGGCGAACAGCCCUCGCUGCUCGGAGAGAUAAACACGCAGAGACGGUAAGACGUUGUCCACACUUAAAUGUGACAUAGCACAAUGAGUGACAGACAGGUCAAAGGUCAGCGUCACAAAGAGCAGAAACCGUCCUGUGGUCUCGUGUCAGCUUGUCGUGUGAGAGGUUUUGACUCCUGCCGGGAAGUGUCUGAACCCUCAGUCCAGGUGUACAUGAUGGUUUGUUUGUUGGUCUCGUGCUGCCAGACGCUCUGCAGGGAACCGACCCAAAGAUUCAAAGUCCUGAUUGUAGGUUUAACAUCAUUAUCUGAUGUCAGGGCAGCACUGCAGGCCAGCAGCAGUUUUACAUGAACCCAUAGAAGAAGAGCAUUAACAACAACAACAACACAAUUAGGAGGUCGGUCUUUGAAAUGUACGAACAUGCUCACCAAUCCCAGACCUGACAGAACCGCAGGUACCCAAGAACCAGGAGCGUCUCAAAGAGGACUCACUGAUGUGGGAAACAGAGUCUGUCAGAUUAAAACCGAUGCUGAACCUUCAUUUGCAAGUUUACAGCAGCUCAGUGGCUCAGUAGUAGAAGAGUCCUGCUACUAAACUGGCUUGCCUGCAGUCCUGAUCUGUCACUUAUUAAAAACGUUUCCAUGACACAAAGGAGACCCUGAAGUCUUGUAUCAGGUCAUUUCACACCAUCAAAUUGUAUUUCCUGGUCUGUAGAUCUUGUGAAGGCAGUAAAGUUAUCAGAACAAUCACAGAAGAGACAAAAUUGAGAUGUUUAGAGACCCCGAAUCUUUCAGAAAGUGUAGUUUAGAGAAGCCACAGAGUCCUGAAGUCUCUGCGAUGGUAAAUUUAAAACCUACUGUGAUGGAGAGGCUGUAAAACAGUGUUAAAACCCUGAAGUUCUGGAUUUUGCAGACCCUUUAUUCUCUUGCCCUUGGGGGACGUGUAUUUUGUUUGAUACUUUGGAGCACGUAGAGUCAAUAAAACUACAGAGAGCUGAAAACACAUGUGACCCGCAUAUUUGAUGCGCUGCUGAUUUGAUUUGACUCUUUUCUUUUCUGGUUAGAGAAACGAAAUUAACAAAAAGAUGCUUAAUAACAGUCUUCAAGUCUAGCAGCUGGAUCGAGUUCCCUCUCAUUACUUCUUUUCUUCUUUGUUUUUAGUUGUAUUUGUUUUCACUUUGUUCUGUUGUAACUCUAAUCAUUGCUGCUCUUUCUUCUUCAUUUCUUUGAAAAUCUUUCACAUUAAAAAUCCGACAAAGAGGAUUUCCAGAGCUCUGGAAACGAGCAUGUGUGACCUUCAUGUGUGAAACCAAGCAGCUUAAAAACAAUUUCUGUUUGAUUCUGUCAGACUGACUUUAUUUAUUUUUCAUCACAGACUCCAGAGCAGAGAUGCUUCGACGAUAAGAAAACGGGGAGAAGAAGAAGAAAUCCUCCGACCAACAGAGGCUCCUCUAGUUGUUCUGCUGCAGCCUGAGGACUUUGGGUUAAGGCCAAAGAGAGAUGCAGUGAUUUAUUUCUCUGCAGAAAAACAUGAAAAUCACUCUGAUAUCAUCACAGUCAGACCUGCAAACCCUGAUCCAGACUUUUCUAAACCAGCAUCCUGA